AUGAGUGGCUGCGGGAGGAAGGCCCUGACCCUGCUGAGCAGCGUCUUUGCUGUCUGUGGCCUGGGUCUCCUGGGCAUUGCGGUCAGCACUGACUACUGGCUGUACCUGGAGGAGGGCGUGGUCCUGCCCCAGAACCAGAGCAUGGAGAUCAAGAUGUCCCUGCACUCCGGCCUGUGGCGUGUCUGCUUCCUCGCAGGUGAGGAGCGGGGCCGCUGCUUCACCAUAGAGUAUGUGAUGCCCAUGAACACCCAGCUGACAUCAGAGUCUACCGUCAAUGUUUUAAAAAUGAUUCGUUCGGCCACACCAUUCCCUCUGGUCAGCCUCUUCUUCAUGUUCAUUGGGUUUAUCCUGAGCAACAUCGGACACAUCCGUCCCCAUAGGACUAUACUGGCCUUUGUCUCCGGCAUCUUUUUUAUUCUCUCAGUGUACCUGUUCAUGAAGAGGUACACCGCCGAGGACAUGUACAGGCCUCACCCCGGCUUCUACCGUCCCCGUCUGAGCAACUGCUCCGAUUACUCAGGCCAGUUCCUGCACCCGGACGCCUGGGUCCGGGGCCGCAGCCCGUCUGACAUCUCCAGUGACGCCUCCCUGCAGAUGAACAGCAACUACCCAGCCUUGCUCAAGUGCCCCGACUAUGACCAGAUGUCAUCCUCCCCCUGCUGAGCCUCACCGCCUUCCUCC